GACAAGUCCCCGUGGCUUGGAGAGCUGCGAGCCUCUCGAAACAGCCCAUCUUCGCCGAGAUUUUUGUUUGUUUCGUUCCGAUACACCGUCGCGGUGACUGUUUCCAUCUCUGCUAGUGUUGGCGUACGGCCGAAGUUGCACACGGCAGGCUAAUGAUUAACACCUUCUGGAAUCUCUGCCGCACCUGCCCCGUCCCGGCAGAAAGCAAGUUGCACGCAGAAUACAAGCGGAGCUUUGCCUGGCAGCCGGGCCAUCCAGAGUCGGCAGCCGAUGUCAUUGUGAAGCCGCCAGAUGCCACUUCAUUGGAACCAGCACUUUCAAGGAGGAAGAAGCACCCGGAGAUAGCGUAUCGCACGAGCGAGAUUUUGGGCUGUGACGGAGGGCGCCAGACAAACACCUCGGCGGACGCAGCGCGGCGUGGGGACGACCCCUACUUCAGGGCAAGGGCGGAGGAACGGUCCAACAAGAACAAGGUGGGUUCCAGAAGCAGAUCCGCAGACCCCAGCCUUGGCCGUGGAAGGCCCGUCAUGAGCAAGGAGGAGAGAGAGGCCCCCCCGAGCGGGGCAGGCGAGGGUGCCGACCCAGAGCUUGUGCUCCAGAGCCAGCUGGCGGCGGGAGGUGUGGAGGAGGCCCCUGCCGCCAAGACCACCGAGUACCGGGCGGCCUUUGCAUGGCCCCCCAAGCCGGCACUGCCCCUGCAGGAGGGUGCCGGGGCCUCCCACCACCGGGGGGCCCAGGGCUCCAGGGACCUCAUCGAUGGCUACCACCGUACAGAGCCCACAGAAAAGCUGCUUCCCAGGGAUGACGCAACGCACGACAUCAAGAAGAUGAGCAAGAGGACAGAAUACAAGGCAAAGUUUAAACCCUUCUCUGCAUACAUGUAUGUGGAUGGCAUCUGGAAAAAACCCAAAGCCUCUGCGCCCGAGGCCCCUGCCCCGGUAGUGGACCCCAACUCGUGGUACACGGAGGUGGUGGAGCGCCUGCAGAAGGCGGACGAGUACCGCAGCCGCUCCCGAGCGGGGGCCCUGCAGGCGGCGGCGGAAGGUGGGGCCCCGCAGCAGCGCACCCCCGGUGAGCUCUGGAGCCACCUGGACUCCAGUGCCAGCCUGGCCGCACUCGCCCUGGCACAGACGCCCAGGCUGACCUCUGCAAAGACUCCGCCCCGUGAGCGCCCGGCUCCCAGCUCCAUCUACCGCUCCUCGUCGGCCAAGAAGAGAGACAAGGCAGAUGCAGAGACCGGCCGCACCGUCACCGACGCAUCCGAGAAGAAAAGUCCCACUAAAGUCGUAUCACCCAUGAAGUCUGAAGCGCCAGGAAGUCAGCGCAAGCCUUCCCCGGCGGCGAGGGGCUCUCCUCCCACCUCGGCAAAGGCUGGUCGGCAAAGGAUGCCCUCGCCCAAGGUCUCAGGAAAGCGAGAAGAAGGAGGAGAGGCAACCGUGGCCAAGGCUUCGGUGGCGCCCCGUGCCAGAGCGGCCUCAUCCCCACCCCAGAAGCGCACCCCGCUGACCGAGAGCGACAAGAAAGACGACAAGAAGGACGAAAAGAAGACGGGCACGUCCCGGCCCCGGCGUCCCCUGCAGGAGAGUGCGGCGCCCCCCGCAGCCAAGCCUCGGGCGGUGGUGCGGCCGGCGUCUGUAAACGAGCAGGACGGCAAGAUCUGGCUCAAGCCGCAGGGGAAGCCCGGCGAGGAGGCGCUGGACGCGGAGCGGGCCAAGGACGGCAAGGCCGGGGCCGUUCCCGAGGAGGCGUCGAAGGCGGAGCCCGGAGGGGAGCCCCCAGCCACGACCCCGGCGGAGAGCGUGGAGGCGGCCACCCCCGGCUCGGGCUCGGAGCGCAAGUCGGACGCGGUGCGCCCCAGCAGCCUGCCCCCCAUGAACGGCAGCAGCGCCAGCUCCUCGGCACUGGGCUCCGCCGACCUCGCCAGUCCGUCCCCGCUUCCCGAGCCCCAGGGAGGGGGCCCCGUGCCCCUGACGACGGUCAAGUCGCCAGAGGAGAUGACAGGGGUCAAGUCCCCGGACCCCGAGACGUGGACGGUGCCCCUGGACACGGGCAGGGGCCUCGAGUGGACCGACGGACAGUCCCCCGCAGGUGACUGGCCGACCAAGGCCAAGGGCUCUGCAGCCCCCAUCAUUGAGAUUGCCCCCGAACCUGCCUCUGCACCAAAGGGGGAACCCCUCAUUCCAGAGGGCAAAGUGGACCCAAUCCAGAAGCUAGGCGCCGAGGAAGGCCACAAACCCGCGUCGGAAGAGUCGCCCGUCCUCAAGACCAAUCCGGGCGUGGGCGCAGACGUCCUCGACAAGGCCAGGAACCGGCUCGAAGAGUUCUGGGUCACCGGGAAAUGAACCGGUCCGGGACGAACCGGUCAAUCUGGUUGAGGCAGCUCUAUGCUGAGAGGGGCACAGGGUGUGUGAGUGUGUGCGUGCGCAUGCAUGUGCAUUAAUGCACAUGCAUCGACGUGUGUGUGUGUGUCUCCUAGAAACCACUAGUGAAUCUUAGUGGAUGUGCCGCGCCGUUGUUCGGCAUUGUCGAAAAAAAACAAAAAAAACUAAAAACCCCGUCAGGUCGUUUAGAAGAACCGAAUCUCGGCGGUGCUCCUUCGCGCCUGAGGUAAAGCCAAUCUGUUGAUUCUCGAGCUGGGAGACUGUUCUCGUUCUAGAUCUUGUGACGUGGGUGGUUGGAAUUUUUUAAUAGCUCAGCCCGUUUCAUUGUUUGUAGACAACACUGGAAACGCAGAAAUGAGCUUUACAUCCGCGUUUUAAGUUUUUUUUUUUAUCAAAAAGCUAUUGCUUUUGGCACUGCCUUUUCUGUGCAACAAUAGCAGUGGCAGCAUGUCUCGACGUAUUUACGUAAACCGGGGCAGGUCGUCCUAUGUUUUUCCACGCUUGGUUUUGUGUAUCGACGCAACGGGGAUGGACGAUUCUAACUCGGGUCGAGUCAGAUUCAUUUUUAAGGGGGCAAAGUCUCGUGCAUCGUAUUGAUGCUCCUUUUUUGGGGCCUUACUCCUGGGCGAAAGAGUUUAAUAUAUUUUUUGCAUUCCUCGUUUUGUGUCGAGCGAUGUUAGGAAUUUGAGUCGCUCCAAACUCGCACCUAGGCCAAGUUUCAGGGCUGUUCCUGUGCCUAGCUCGAAAGUUUAUAGUAGUUAUUUCGCAUCAGAUUGAUUAAUUAAUUGUUGAAGAACUCUUAAAAGAAAAGUACUAUAUGGUAGCGCUACGUUUUUAUUUGACCACUUGGAAACUAACCACAGUGUCGACCGGUUUAGCUCAAAGGCUUGCAGUAAGCUACAUAUACUUUUUACGAGCAAUUGCUUUCUUGCGUUUUGGAUUGCAAUCCCAGGUCCUAGUCAGUUGAAUGCUGAGAAAACUGGCACAGACUCUCGAGUCAGAAAAACCAAAAAAGGAAAAUCGAGGGUUUUUUAUGCUGUCCUAAAGUGAAGUGCCACAUACUGGCAGAUUUCUUUAUAGCCUAGGAAAAACGAAAGUAGGUAGUUGUGACACAAAGCACGAACGUGCACGCUGCGUAACACAGUUAGCGCGAACGCGACAUUGGCGCUUUUUUUCAUUUUGCUUUGAGAGGGUAUUGACCAACACCAAAUUUUACCGCCUAAGUUGAGCACAUUUUACCAAUCUAUAUAUGGUAGUAUUGGCAGGAGCCAUUGGAUUGUCCGUGGAAGAUACUGUAGAUCACUGGUGCCGCACUCUGUACACCUUUUUAGCGGAAGCCUGUAGAUCUUGCGUAGUUAUUUUUAGAUGUUUAAUUGUUGCAUAUUGGGUAGCACGCCAUUACUUUGUUUCUAUUGCGUAUCAUGUGCAACGACUGUGAGCUUGGCAAAGAAAGAAGCCUUGAGUUCUGACGUUAAAUGUUUUUAGUUUUUACCUUUGUGUACUGCCGCCAAUCCUGAGGUAGCGAAAACGUCUGUCGUGCGCCGUCAAAGAGUUUCCAAAGGUCAUGCAUUUCUGAGCACAAUUUUCUAGUUCUACUCGCAGUUCCUUAGGUUUGUAUCUUGAUGUGCAGUCAGACAGCAGUAUUUAUAUACAAUUAAUUUAUGAGAGAAAAAGCACGAGGUCCUGGCAGCUUCAUCGCUGCUGAGAAUUCCAUGUGAUAUCUUGUCUGCCUGCUGUUUGUGCUCUAUUAUGUCACACAUGCUUUGAAACUGGAGAGCUUCCAGAGUUCACUUAUUCAAACGAACACUAGGGUGUCGGCUGGGUGGCUAAUGAUGGCACCUUACAAACUAAUUAGCAUUAAUAAUUAGCGUAGAGGUCGGUAUCCUCCUUCGCGUUCAGAAUUUCAAUCAAUAGUAGCUAUACAAGUGUCUAGAGUCUCAAUGCCUGAACGGAGAACAGGAAUGUCAAUCUCCUAAAAGAAUGUAAGCUUAUAGAAAAAGUUUCUAAUAUAUAUCUAAAGAGAUUAUUUAGCCAAUCAUACAAGAUCUAAUUGGGGAGAUGCUAUCCAAAUCGUAUUAUGCUUCAGAAAUCCACCAUACUUGCUCUACAACUCUUCUGUAAUAAUAGAUGUUCCUUUCAUAGAUCCUUAAGUCUAAAAGCAGUUUUCAAUCUAAAUAAUUAUCUUCUAGCAAUGGUUCUAUUCCUCGUCACACAGAACAAAGACGUGUGCCAGAUCUAAGAGAUGCAUAUUGCUCACGCAAAGUUCUUCCAAGCGUGCAAGUGCACCGAUCCUAAAGGGUGUGUGGACAGGUUCAGGGGUGUGUGUGUGUGUGUGUGUGUGUGUGUGAACGCAAGAUGGGCCAAGUUUUGCAAUAGCAUUACACUUGCGCUGUUCGGACACCGACAGCAGGUUCAGUUUUGCUUUGCGAAAUAGUCUCCUUUGCGCAAGUCUCGGCAUUUUGUCCAGUUCCAAAGCCUACAAAUGCAAGUCAGCAUGCCAAAGGGAAGCUUGCACAGUUUUUCUAGUUGCUUUGCAACCGUUAUCCCGUUGCCUGCUACAUACGAAAUAUACUUAGGUUGGGAAGAGGAAAACUGUCUGUGGUACUUGCGCAAGCAUGGUUGACAUUGGCUGUUUUGCAGUGUUGGGCAACGAAAUCUCACCCGUGAAUAAUGGGAUAUGGGCAGCGGUGGAAGUUGAAUGGAGACCUCAGUUUCGUAAUUGCAGAGAUGCAAAAUUUGGACACAUUGCUCUGAAACUCCACAGAGACAACACUGAAUAGCACUAUGAGGUACUAGGAUUUUGCAAUUCUACUAGUAGUGCAACAAGUGCCCGUCCCCAUAUCUGUCACGCACUAGCCACGAAAUUUAAGUGUACAUUUUUUUGUGGUAGAAACUACUUAAAAGCAUUACAAAAUCUAGUAUAUUAUGUGCGGUAUUUACAAGUGCUACCAUGGACGCACACCACAUGACUGCAACCUAAACUCGAAGUCAAAAUAUCUGGAGAAUAGAACUGCUAAUGACUAAGUAAUAUUGCUGGUAUAUGCCUUCCUGUUGAUCGAGAGCACCUUACUGCAGCGUACCCGUGCGCGGAGGAAAAAUGCUCCUCCAUGGCAAGACCAAUUUUUCUCCUGUUGUGUACAUUUUACAUAGGAUCCUCAACAAAGAGCAGCGUUGCUCGACACCUACGCUAGUCGGUGACAGGGUUAAGUGUUUGAGGGAAGCUCCUCCCACCUUCUCCCACUUUAGUAGAGCAGACGCUGAAGAGGGGGCAACCUCCUCUCCAGCGUGCGCUCCGCUAAAGUGGAAAGAGUUGGGAGGAGCUUCCCCCCAACUCUAAGCCCGUCAGCGACUGCAGGGAGGCGAUGAAGCACCAAUUGGUUGCCAUUCUUUGUCUUAUGCACUUGCGAGCUAGCUGUGGCAAAAUUCCGAACAAAAUCUCGUGCAGUUUUCACUUUGCACCACGGGUGUGUCAGGAUGGCGGACAGAAACGGCUUCCACCGAGUUUGAGCAUUCUUUCUCCCUGAAGUUGCUAGGAGUUGUUGCGGAAACUCGAUGCGUGGUCGUUUGCCCACAGCGCUGCUUUGGUGCGGGAGUGCUUUGCCCACUUGGUGUGCGGUUCGUCUGGCAGCGAGCCUGUUUCAGUGCAAUUUGUGAUGUGACACUUGUGAUAUAAUCGGAAAUGGAGUGGUUCCCGUGUGUCUCUUGCGUUGUUUGCAGGCAGAGUUCUACGUCACCUUUUUUUUGUGUAUACACAGCUGUUAGUCCCAAUAAAGGCAAAGUAUACUACGGGA